AUGGCCAUCACGUCCCUCCGCCCGUCCAGCUCCCGAUCGCGACGGUCCGGCGACAGCAGCAUCAUCAGCCUCCGUUACGAAAAGACGGUCCAGGCAGAGCCGCCCAUCCCGCUGCCGCCCAGAAGCGCCUCCCGCAACACCAUCCGCACGCUGUCCAUCCGCUCGUCGGCAUCCUCUCCGUGCCCUUCCCCGUCGCCGUCUCUGUACGCCCUCUCCCUGUACUCGCCGAACCUGGUGGUGGUUGCGCCGCCGCAGCUCUCCCUGCCGUCCAUCCCACCGCCCACAGAGCAGCACCCGGCCCUGAGGGCGCCCACGCCCGUCCGGCAGGCAAAGCUCGUUCGCGAGAGCUGGAAGAGAGACUCUGGCCACGCCCCGACGCCGACUUCGGCAGCCACCAUUUACGAAGAGGACUGCGAGGAGGAGGACGAGGGCAGGCAAGGCGGCAACAAGCGCUCGGCCCCUAGGCCCAGCAAGGUCGACGUCGUUGCACGGCAUCGCGUCCCACAGGCUCAACCUCUGCACGAAGCAGCUGUCGGCCAAGUGCCGGCUGGCGGGCAGAGCUCGCCAACGAGUGAGACAGCCGUCGGCCAGCCAGCCGCGUCGGGCUCAGCGUCAUUUCCUUCCCUCGCCAAACUCUAUCCUGCCGCCGUCGCACCGAGUCGCCCUCAAGCUCUUCGACCCUGCCAACCCCCGCCGCCGCCGCCCUCGCAAUCUCCUUCACCUCCUUCACCUCGUCCUCCUCCUCCUCCUCCUCUGCCGCAGCCGCAGUCGCAGUCGCAGUCGCCGCCCCCGUCGUCGUCGCCAGUCUCGCCCAAGAGACACAGCAUCUUCAAGCGCCUUAGCGCCUCUUCAGCCUCUCGCGACCCAGUUUCUCCGGCCGACGACGACGCCAAGCUCGACGACCGCGAAGACGACGACGACGAAGACGGCUUUGCGCCCCUGGGCAUCUGCAUCCCGAGCCACAGCCUGCUCGAGGAUGAUUUUAUGGCCACGCUGUCCUUCUCGAACCGCGGCAGCAUCAUGUUCGGGGGGCGACGCGCCGGAGCGCUGGGCCUCGACGGGACCAACGACGUCGGCAGAGCCAAUGUCUCUGCCCCUUCCACGCCCACCCACAGCCAUGCACGAUCCAGCAGCACCAGCGUCGACCGCAUCGAGUCCUUGGCCGCUGCCGCGGCCUCUCCCUCUCCCUCUGCAUCCGCCUCUCCCUCCAACCCCAGCCUCGCGCCCCGCGCUCAACCGCCGCCCGACAUCCGCCUUUUAGCAUCCGACGUCGACAAGGAAUCUCAAAAGGUGAGAUCGCUCUACGGGGUUGGCGAUGCCAUCAAUUGGGAGGAUGGCGCAAGGCGCUCGUACUGCGAACCCUUGGAGCCUACCCCAGAGGUCCCGGCAGAGGACGAUGGGAACGACUCCAUCCUCCCACCGCCUGUCCCUACCUGGGGGACUCCGCGAUCUGUCCGGUCGACGAGCUCUUCGGUGCACCUUGACUACAGACGGGAGACGGAGCUUGCGGGCGGCCUGGAGGACUGGGAAGACGUCGACGGCGCCAACGUGGAUCGAUAUGGCUUCAUCACCGCGCCCCGAUCACGACUCGGCACCCCGACCGAGAUGAAGUCGGCCCAGUUCUCGCCUCGGCGGAGGCUGCAGAAGAGAGAGACGGCCGGCCUGUCGCCUCUAGGUCCCAGCAGGAAAAUGUCGGCAAGGUCGCUCAACACCCAAGCCUCGGAACUCUCCACAGCUUCGAAGCGCUCGUCGCGAUCCGUCAUCCGACAGGCUAGCAAUCUGCUGCCUCAUAACCGCGACCGGCGAUGGCUGGACGAAGCCGGCGACAUGCUCACGCUUCCGACCAGCCUCCAAGACGCCGCCGAGGAAGCGCAGAUUGAGAGGAUAUCGGAGGCGCUGAAGCGCAAGGAAUGGGAGCGGUCCGAGAAGUGGCGCAAGAUGGCAAAGGUCGUCCGCAAGGGCGGCCAGGGCGAAGGCAUGGAGUUUGAGUUUGACAGGAAGAACCCUAAGCUCAUUGAGCGAACGUGGAAGGGCAUUCCCGAUCGCUGGCGCGCCGCCGCCUGGUGGUCCUUCUUGGCCAGCUCGGCCGCGGACCACGGGGGCUACCCAACGGAGGAGCAGAUUGUCGCCUCGUUUCACCGGCUGCUGGAGCAGAGCUCGCCGGACGACGUGCAGAUUGAUCUCGACGUGCCGCGGACCAUCAGCCGCCACAUUAUGUUUCGCAAACGGUAUCGUGGCGGCCAGCGGCUGCUGUUUCGCGUCCUGCACUGCCUGUCCAUUUACUUCCCGGCGACGGGCUACGUCCAGGGCAUGGCGUCCUUGGCGGCGACGCUGCUCUGCUACUUUGACGAGGAGAAAUGCUUCGUCAUGCUGGUGCGCCUGUGGCAGCUACGGGGACUCGAUCGGCUGUAUCGCCCAGGCUUUGAGGGUCUGAUGAAGGCGCUGCAGGAGUUUAACGAGACUUGGCUGAACAAGGACGUGGCCAAGAGGCUGACCGAGCUCAGCGUAGACAUCACAGCAUACGGCACUCGGUGGUACCUCACCCUCUUCAACCUCUCCAUCCCCUUCCCGGCUCAGCUGCGAGUCUGGGACGUGUUCCUCUUGCUAGGGGACAGCGCCGCGGAACCAAACAGGCCUCUCAGCGCCGCCGACCCCGACGCAAGCCCGGCCACCGGGCUCGACAUCCUGCACGCCACGAGCGCCGCCUUGAUCCAGGCCCUUCGCGAGGUGCUGCUGGACUCUGACUUUGAAAACGCGAUGAAGGCCUUGACGUCAUGGAUCCCCAUCAAGGACGAGGAUCUGUUGAUGAAGGUGACCAAAGCUGAAUGGAAGUCUCACCAAGGCAAGAAGAAGACUUAG